CCCGCGCGUUGAAGGCCGGGCCUCUGGGAUGCGCCUGGGGCAGCCGCUCCUCUGCCAGAGACCGGGAAAGCCAUGCUGAAAUUCCAGGAGGCUGCUAAGCGUGUGAGCAGACCAGCCGCUGUGUCCACUGAUCCAAAGACCUUGCUGGCAAGAAGAUAUGUACUUCGGCAGAAGCUUGGCAGUGGAAGUUUUGGAACGGUCUAUCUGGUGUCAGAUAAGAAAGCUAAACAAGGAGAGGAAUUAAAGGUCCUGAAGGAGAUCUCUCUCGGGGAACUCAAUCCCAACGAGACGGUGCAGGCAAACCUGGAGGCUCAGCUCCUCUCCAAGCUGGACCACCCGGCCAUUGUCAAGUUCUACGCCAGCUUUGUGGAGCACCACACUUUCUGCAUCAUCACCGAGUACUGUGAGGGCGGAGAUCUGGAUUAUAAAAUUCAGGAAUACAAAGAAGCUGGAAAAACGUUUCCCCCCCAGCAAAUAAUGGAAUGGUUCCUGCAGCUGUUACUGGGAGCUGGCUACAUGCACGAGAGGAGGAUACUGCAUCGAGACUUGAAAUCAAAGAAUAUAUUUCUGAAAAAUAACCUACUUAAAAUUGGGGAUUUUGGCGUUUCUCGACUCCUCAUGGGAUCCUGUGACCUGGCCACGACUUUGACCGGAACUCCCCACUACAUGAGCCCAGAGGCUCUGAAGCACCGAGGCUGUGGCACCGAGUCGGACAUCUGGUCCCUGGCAUGCAUUUUAUACGAGAUGUGCUGCAUGAGGCAUGCAUUCGCUGGCUCCAAUUUCCUGUCGGUUGUGUUGAAAAUCGUGGAAGGCGACACACCUUCUCUCCCUGAGAGCUAUCCAAGGGAACUAAACACCAUCAUGCGAAGCAUGUUGAACAAGAACCCGUCACUGAGACCAUCUGCCAUGGAGAUUUUAAAAGUCCCUUACAUUGAGGGGCAACUGCAGCACCUGAUGUGUACAUAUUCCGAAAGGACUCUGAAAGACACAAAUUUGAAUUGUCAGGAGGAGGCUGCUCAUAUAAUUAAUGUCGUGCAAAGGAUGAGUCACCUCCAGACCUUGCAGGAGCUGUCCAAAGAGCAGAGCAUGCUGCCACCGCCGAGGGAAAGGACCCGGCUGAGGCAGCUGCAGACAGCUGAUGAGAAGGCCCGGAAGCUGAAAAAGCUUGCGGAAGGAAAGCACGAAGAGAAUAACCAACCGAUGCAAGAGUUAGGAUCGCGGCCCUCCCAGCAGCCAGCUGUCCAUGUACCCCAAGAAUGUGACGAAUCAACUCCGGAGUCCCUGUCUGCGUCCCAGCUCACCCCGUCCUUGAACCUGGUGGAAUUUGGGUCCACUGUAGAGGACACGGCAGCCGACCUUGGAGAGCACGAGAUACCAGAGGACCCACUGGUGGCUGAAGAGUAUUAUGCCGACACGUUUGACUCCUGUUCCGAAGAGAGUGAGGAGGAAGAGGAUGAAACCGUGUUCUCAGGGCCAGGGGAAGAGGUCAAGGAUGAAGAGUCCCAGCCUGCUUCCAGAACAGACCAACAGGACAGUGAUAUUGGCGCGCUGGUCCAGUGUUUGGAAAGUGUCCUGGGCUGCAGCUCUCGAGGCUCAAAGACCGUCCCCAGCACCGUUCCAGACACGUCGCAAGGACUAAGCAUCUUCAACAGCACGAUGGCUGGGACCAAGGUGAAACGCAUGAGGGAGUCGGCGGUGCAGAAGCUGGGAGCAGACGUGUUUGAAGAGGUGUAUAACUACCUCAAGGAAGCCAGGCGGCAGCACGCCAGCGAGGCGGAGAUCCGGGAGUCCCUGGAGAAAGUGGUGCCUCGGGCCAGCGACUGCUUUGAGGUCGACCAACUCCUUUACUUUGAGGCGCAGUUGCUGGCCACCACGGGAGAGGGGCCCACGCCCUAGGACCUUGGCCAGGCAACUGUGAAAGCCAGCAGAUACUUGUGUGGACCAGCUGAACACAUAGGUUGGGCUCCAAUGUAUGAAAAGUGGGCACAGAGCUGGGCAGGAGAAGGUGCCAGAGGCCACUGAGUGCCAACAACCUAGGUGUCCAGGCCGAACUGUGUUCCACAGGGUUUCCAGUGGCUGGUUUUCCAGAUCACCAGGCCUUUCUUCUGAGGCACCGCUGAGUGGCCUCCAGCUUCGGGGGCAGAUGCUGAGUAUGUUGAUGUACUCAGGAUCUCCCGGUAGAGAGGAGGAAACAAGUCUACCUAUGCUUAUUAGGUCUUCUUCCCGAGAGGCUUGGGGAUGGCUUUGGCUUCCUAUAAAGCAGUGUUUACCAAAGUGGGUGAUAACACCUCUGGGGGGGAAGGGGGGUCCGCAAAAGCAGAUACCUACACUUCAUCCUUGUUUUA